CGCUUCACGUCUUUGUCGGACGUCACGUCCUCCCUCCUCUCUCGCUUCCAUCUUGCUCCCCGCAUGUGUCUGCUGUUAGUUUACAGGUCAGUGAGGAGCUUUAAAUACCUCCUUCCCUGCACUGUUAUCUCCUGAUCUGACGACAAGAGAUGAAAGAAGCAAUUAUGAAUCAAGAAAAACUCGCUAAACUACAAGCACAAGUCCGCAUCGGCGGAAAGGGAAGCGCCCGCAGAAAGAAGAAGGUUGUACACAGAACGGCAACCGCCGACGACAAGAAGCUCCAGUUCUCCCUAAAGAAGCUCGGCGUCAACAACAUCUCCGGCAUCGAAGAGGUGAACAUGUUCACAAACCAGGGAACAGUCAUCCACUUCAACAACCCUAAAGUGCAAGCUUCUCUCGCCGCCAACACCUUCACCAUCACCGGCCACGCCGAGACCAAGCAGCUGACGGAGAUGCUGCCUGGCAUCCUCAACCAGCUGGGAGCCGACAGCCUGACGAGCCUGAGGAGACUCGCCGAGGCUCUCCCCAAACAGGCUGCAGACGGAAAAGCACCGAUUGCAGCAGUAGAAGAGGAAGACGACGAUGUUCCAGAUCUGGUGGAGAAUUUCGAUGAAGCAUCCAAGGACGAGGCCAAUUAGAGGGAACGGGGAGACGGCAGAACUCGACAGGACCAUGUGGGGCACGAGAUAUUAUUUCUGUUUGAAGAAGUGGAGGGUCGACAGGCGAAACACCUGAGAAAGUUGAUUGACGAGACAUUGUUUUGGCAUUGAGCAUUCUGUAAAAUGUGCAACACCUCAGUAAAUUCAGUCAUUUUUCAAGUCAUUUUGUAGAGUAGUUUACUUUGUAUGAAAACUGGGGUCACAGUAUUUUGGUGUAAGGUAUAUAUCGCUCAUUCCACCUCUGCCACCAGGCACGCCACAUGCUUGUUGUGCUCUUAAUGUCCAUUUAAAGUCAGAUUGUGUGUAAAGACGUGUCCAAUGCCCAGGUUGUACUUCUGUUUCCUCCGUUACUGAACUGUGGCCUCCUUAAAAUCCCCAUAUCUGGAAUAAACCUUUGCUACCGUUACUAAACAGAACAAUGUGUCUGUUUAUUGUUUUUUAAAGUGGUCAUUCAUUCAGGAUGUAGUGAACUGUUUGGCACUUUUCAACACCUCAUCUGACCCUUCCUCCAUUGUUUUAAAAGGUUUCCCACUUUGGAGUUGCUUUAGAUUAAAAUGGAAGCACUCAGUGUUGACAAAAAAUGUGAAAUCAUUAAUAAAAGCUAAAAAAAAUCCCAA